AUGAAUCUAAUGACGCUACCGCUGCUAAUUGCUAGCAUUUUGCUGCUCAUUACUCCUCCCGGAGGUUUUGUCACAGCCUCCAGCGACCUUGCAGCAAUAACAGCCCUCCGGCAAUCCCUGGGCGGCCCCAUCUCCGCCGCGUGGGUUGGCACUAAAGUCUGCGAGAUGCCGGGCAUCGUCUGCGACCCGGAAACCCUCCGAAUCACCGACAUCGUCCUCCGCGCCGGCGAGGUCUCCGACAGCUCCCUCCGAAACUCGAAGCUCCACUUCGCCGGCAGAGGAUGGGCCGGGCUGAUCUCCGACUCGAUCUGCCUGCUCGACCAGCUCACCACACUCAUCGUCACAGACUACUGGCCCUCGAUCUCCGGCGAGAUCCCGCCCUGCAUCGCCUCCCUCUCGCGCCUCCGGAUCCUCGACCUCUCCGGGAACGGAAUCACCGGCGAGAUCCCGGCGGGAAUCGGGAAGCUGAACCAGCUCGUCGUGCUGGAUCUGGCCGAUAACCAGAUCUCAGGCUCGAUUCCUCCAUCAAUCGUGGAUCUCUGCAGCCUGAAGCUCCUCGAUAUCAGCAACAAUGGGAUCUCCGGCGAGAUCCCGUCGGAGAUGGGGAAAAUGAGUAUGCUGAGCCGGGCGAUUAUGAGAGGGAACCUGCUCGCCGGCUCGAUUCCGAAAUCAAUUGGGGUUUUGUCGAGGUUGGCCGAUUUGGAUCUGUCCGUGAACCAGAUAUCCGGUUCGAUUCCUGAAGAAAUCGGGUCGAUGCGGGUUUUGUCGGUUCUCAACCUUUUCUCCAACCAGCUGACGGGCGAGAUUCCGGCUAGUCUGUUUGGGAACAGGGGUUUGAGUUACGUGAAUUUAAGCCGGAAUUCUCUACAGGGGCAUUUGCCGGAUAGUUUUAGCCCCGACAAUUAUUUUCUAGUGCUGGAUUUAUCGUCUAACAAGUUGACAGGUGAAGUUCCCAAGUCUAUUAAGACAGUUAAGUAUAUGGGGAUCUUGGAUUUGAGUGACAAUAACAUUGUUGAGGCCUAA